GCCAAGACUUAAACACCGCUGGUGGUGGUGGCUGGGUUGCACUUUCAAUCAUCGGUUUGAGUACCGAAACUCUCAUACAGAGUGGGAUGGCGUCAAAUGCAGCAGUGCCGUUUUGGAGAGCAGCGGGGAUGACAUACGUAACAUACUCUAACAUCUGUGCGAAUCUGGUGAGGAACUGCCUUAAGGAACCACAUAAGAGCGAAGCCAUCACUCGCGAGAAGGUUCACUUUUCAAUCUCAAAGUGGGAAGACGGAAAACCCCAGAAGCCCACUAUUCGAUCUGAUUCACCUGAAGAAUGAGUCAGGAUGGAAAAUCGCUCUUUGAAUGUCAGCAUGGAGUGAUGCAUCAUUUACUCGGGAAGCUUCAUUUCAUUAUGUCAUUUUGGUAGAUUUAAUUUUAUCAAGCUUGGACCUCUCAAAUCAAACAAGAUUUGGAUUUCUGGUUCUGCAGGUUAAUGCACAUGUAAUAAUGUUAUUGGCAUCUGCUCUUUGAAAUAUACUUGUUACAUCAAUCCUUUUAUGGAAAUUGAUGGGGUACACUAUUUUCCGUAUUACACCUGCAAUGUUUACCUGUAGUAUGACACUGAACUUGAUAAAUUUGAGCUCCUCUGAGAUUAAUAAGAUCUGGCUAUAUUUAUGCCAAA